UAACCAGUAUGAUGAGGGCCGACAGGGUACAUCUUUUGGAAUGGGAUCGACAUCAAAGAGCCAGCGUAUGGCUAAGGCAUAAUCUGUAGAGUGUACCCAGUCUACCUCCCAUAUCUUGAUGGUCUCCCAGUGCUAACCUCCUAUUUUCCUUCUACUUAACUGGUUGCGCAUCCACUCACUUUCACUCCAGUCACUCAAGUGGAUUCCCAUUCAGACCGCGGGAAUGCCUCCUCCGCGUAGCAACCGGUCAUUCUGCUAUGAGAGCAAGACAUCCCGUGAAAUACUAACUGGCCAGGAAAAUAACCCGGAUGUUCGCGGGCCUGGAUCAAUCCCAAUGGAAGAGAAGAGGAGGGAGUACUACUCAUACCGCGGCAAUGUCCCGCAGACCCUCACAGAGAAGCAGACAGCGAGUCCCUCCUCUAGCAGCGUUAUGGAUAAGCUUUUAUGGGGAUCACGCUCACCGACAUGGAGUGACUUCCAUUCCCGGCCGGCCAACUCCACCCCUUGCCCAUCCCGGGCAGAGGAACUGUCCACUCAACAGGGUACCCGUACACCGCGCUCUCGGCCUUCCAAUGACUUACCAAGUCUUUUCGAGUCCCAGGUCAGCAAGGCCACCCGGGACCGAUCAAUGCCAAGCCCCGCAAGCCAAGCGUCGGGCCAGCAGGAUCCCUAUAGCCAACAGAGAUGUCUAGAUCACCACGGACGGCUUUCCGGCUCCAUGAACCGUGAUCUGAGUCAUCCUCCUGGGUCCCAAUCCCGCAAGGCGCGCAGCGAGCGGCGGAUGCCAAGCUCCGCAAGCCAACGGUCGGGCCAGCAGACCACUAUAACCCAGCAGUUCCCACAGAUCCAGAAGAGGGUCGCGGAACCGUAUCCCGGUAGUCCAUACGCCGCAGGCAAUGGCAAACAGCGCUCGGAUGACCCUGUUAUUGCUGACUUAUAUGCUUCCCGGGAUGUCUGUUCCGCUGAUACCGACCAAGAGUCAGUUGACCUCCUGCCGCAGCGUUCCAGCGCCUGGAGGCGACGUCCACCGCAGCAGGACAACCAAACAACCACCUCUCAAGAGAAGCUAAGGCCCCAGCCAUCCCGGGUUCAUGACAGUCCUCGCCGCCAAGCCAUCAGGGCCCCGGGGGGCCGUUCUUCCGUGCCAAACCAUCCCGAAGAGGCCAUUGCCAGCCACCGGUCGCCGCCGACACUGCUGGACCUGGAGCAGGAUGGCUUGGAGUUCUCGACGGCGCCUUCCCUGUCCCACCUGCGUGAUGAUGCCACCUCGAUCGUUACCUUGAGCUCGGACUGGGGGGAUGAGGAUGAAAAUGAGGAUGAUAUGAAGCUGGAUCUGGAGACAGAAUACCUUCGACAGGGCCAACGGGAGAAGGCGCGAAUCCAGUGGUUGGUGCAACGCGUUGUGGUCCGAGAUACCGAGUCGCACAUGGUGGCUCGGCAGCUCAAGCGAAAGGCCACCCGACAGUGGACAGAGCCCGAGUAUGAGCGACUCGUGGAGCUUUUUGCCAUCUUUGGCCCGCGGUGGGAGUCGAUUCUUGAGGCCGACCAAAAGCACCCCCGUGGGCCACAGAUCCACCCAAGCCGGACCGGCGUGAACUUAAAAGACAAGAUGCGGAACCACAAGAUCAAACUCCUCCGAGACGGGCGAGAGAUCCCCCUCCGGCUCCACUGUAUCCAGCUGACGAGAAACCACAUGCGGCAGAUUGCCAAACACCGGGCUCACGCCCAGUUGACCCAGCGGCUUCCUCUCCAGAACCGAUGGGAUGGCGCCAACGCUCGCCUCUCCCCUCCGCCAUCCCGCGCCCCCACCAAGGAGCAACCGCCCACUUUUAAAUGGCCCCGGGAGAUUCUCUGAAUGUUUUAAUCUAGCGGCGAGGUGUACAUACUAGUAUAAUAUCAAUCUAUUAUUAUACCGCUUGACCCCAUGGUCAUCCCUCGCAUUCUAGGGGCGGACUCAUUUGUGGGAGAGUUCACUCCAGCGAAUGCA